UGCUUACGAAGACAAUAAGGAACGAGUUUAUGAGGAUGAGGCCUGUCUUGUUAUUAGUAUUCCUGGUGAGUCAGCUGACUGACAUUCGUGCCGAAUGCCCACCGGACGACGUCUCCAAAGUCUUGCGAAAAAUUCAAAAACUUGAGAAGAGGCUGUUUGAGCAGUUGGCCACAGUGAAACAACAACUGAGAACUCCAAGCGGCCUCUUUGGAUCAAACCAGUGCUCUCCUGGGCCUAAGGGACCGCCUGGAAAACCCGGCGACCCAGGAUCCGUUGGGCCCGAUGGUUUGCCCGGGCCUUUGGGAAUGAAGGGCCGACGGGGUGACCCCUGUAUCCCGGGACCCCCAGCGUAUUUGUAUCCGAUAAAGGGGUAUCGAGGAGACCCAGGUGCAAAGGGAAGAAAGGGCUACAAGGGAGAUCAGGGCAUAUGCCUCUGCCAGGAGACGAAAACCCCGUGCAGGAAGUGCCCUUUUGAAGGAACUGGAGGCCGUGGUGACAUUGGGGAACCCGGGCGUAAGGGUUACUACGGCCACAGCGGAGAGCCGGGACCACACGGGGAAUACCGAGCGAUACCGAGCCUCCCCGGACGGGUUGGGUUACCUUAGAGAGGACAACACUCGUCUGCUCAGGGGCCGUGGACUUGAGGGGAGAGAGAAAACAAGAGAGGGAGAGAGUGGGGGUGGGGUGGGGCAAAGAGACAGGAGUGAUUAUCUUCACUCUCCACUCCCAUAAUUAAGUUCAUAAAAUUACGAUUUUCUUAAGUUGUUGUUUUUACUUGUAUUUUGCCAUGGGUCUCAUCUGAUAGGGUUUAAGAACCCCCGGAACCUUCGUGUCUCCUGGAUCCGCGCCUUUUGCUCUGGGAUACUUCCCAUUAAAUCCCUAUCGUAAACAUUUACACCAAGUGAAGCAUACCUCCAUCCCCACCCCCAUCCCCACCCAAAACCUGCUUGUAAUUUUGACAAGCUGACAAAAUGUACCACGGUUUGGUUUACUUAAUACUUUACUAUCCACGUUGAAUUUUAUGUCGUUGUAUAAACAGGGGUUUCGAGACCGAAUUUUUUAUUCGUUGAAAAUAAAAACAGUCCUUCUGUGUCAUGUGACUUGUGAAAAGGGUUAGACAACCUGUGUAGACAUCACCUUACCUAUCAAUUUACCUAACAUUUGUCUCACUGUCUUUCACAGCCACAUCUUUCCUUUCCUUCUGAAGUUCACAAAUGUCCAGCUCCUCAAUUUUCUCCAUUGUUUGUCUUUUCUAAAUACUAUUUGCGAACCUUUCUGCAGAAAUCCAUGUUAUAGUAAAUGUGACCCUGCCAUAGUUGCCUAAGGUGUUUGACAGGUCGGAUGAUACGUAAGGACUUUUUUACCUUUAGCUAUAAAAGAGUUCGCCAUCGAUUCUCGCCCAUUGUAACAUCUCUGGGCCAAAUUUUAGUGCGGUUCAGUGUUAUUAAUUGUGUGUAGCAUCUAAUACUGUUUAGUCUAGACCUCAUAUAAUGUUGCUUGGUACCAUUUAGUUAUUUCUCUUGACAAUUAGAUUAAGCAUAGCAUGGUUUCAUUUAAUUGUUUAAGUAACAUCAAAUCUUGUACUCCGCACGACAUGAGAAUAUGGCUCUAAUCUUCUAUUAUUUAUGAAACUGUUGGAGUCGUCAGGCCCUCUGCACAAGCAGCAUUGUUUGCUUUAUCUUGUCCUGUACCUUUUAAACCAAUAUGAGGCAUUUUCACUUUAAUCCUUGUUCGCGUGUAUAAUCAUUGGUCAACAUCAAACACUGUAUCAUUUAGACCAUAUGCAGCCUAGCAAUUUUUUUUUUUGGGGUUGGGGGUGGGGGAUCAUGUAGCUUCAAAUAUUACAGAAUUAAACUCGUUCAGAUGUAUUUUAAUAAGUUC